AUGAACUCUAUUGAUAUAGUCACUCCAACAAACAGUUCCACCACCACUAUCCGCUACGAUCUUACCUUUCAGCUUGUAGGCGUCAUCUCCCUUACCUUAAUUUUUGCAAUAGGUCUUUUGGGAAACUGUUUAGUUGUGCUAGUAGUUUUGCUGGCCCGUAAUCUGCAUACUCCUACCGAUUGCUAUCUGGUCUCCCUUUCAAUCAGCGAUAUCUUAGUGCUUAUUUCUGCAACCGGGCCUGAAAUCCUACAAUUGGUCUAUCCUCCUUAUCAGUACCCUUUUGGCUCGUAUGGUUGUAUUUUGCUGACAACGCUGCAAUAUCUCAGCUUCGACACCUCGGCGCUCUCAAUCACAGCCUUCUCGCUGGAGCGUUGGGUGGCCAUUUGCCAUCCAAUGAGAGCUCAGCGGAUGUGUACCAUCAAACGUGCCUUCAAAAUUAUCGCCAGCAUCUGGAUCUUCGCUAUCCUUUACAAUGGUACCUGGCCAUUUCUUUCCCACCUUGGAGAGCAAACAAUAUUUGGUAUCGGCACAAUGCGGCGCUGCAUCCACAGAUUCGAUCGAAAACUCUAUCAUCUCAUAUAUGUGCUCGAUUUUUUGCUAUUCUAUGUGGCACCACUAGUUCUAACCUGCAUCGUUUAUGCUCAUAUCAGUCACCGUCUGUUUCGCAGCACUACAAAUAAGUCUUUAUCUAACAGCAAAAACUCUUCUAAUUGCCACCUUGUAUCACAAGGCAGACUUUCGAACGCAAAAAACCCUACAGAUCUUGCUCGGUCUCAUUUGCAGGACAAUAAGACCUCAAGUAGACGUAGUUGUUUUCUAAGUGGUGCUACAAGUCAAAGCUCAGAUAACUUCAAGAAAAGUCUUCAUCUAAGAAAUAGACGUCAGGUAAUUAAUUAA